CUCAAUGAGCCCCGAGGUUGGGACGCCUUGAUGGAAAAUUACCUUGUGACCAAGAGGGGAGGUCAGAGCUGCCGGAGUCCGACCCCAGACGACGAGGGGGAAGCAGGAUGGCCUGAUCGGACGGGGAACUGAAGUUAGCGAUGGAGAAACUGAAGGGUCCCGCGGCGGGAUGCACCACGGCCACCUGUGGAUGGAGAGCCCUGCUGCUGCCGCAGCUCAACAGACAGUCGCUGUACGUGUACGGCAGCGAGAUCGCCGUGGAGAAGGAGUGCAUCCGGCAGCUGCAGAGCGGAGUCUUUGUCAUUCACCCCUUCAGCCUCAUGAGGAGUUACUACAUCAUGUGCAUGAUGGCCAUCACGUUCCUCAACCUGAUUGGGAUUCCCAUGGAGAUCGCCUUCCUGGAGGGAAACAACGGCCUGGUUUGGGAGAGUUUCAACGUGUUUUCAGACACGCUCUUCCUCAUAGACGUGGCUCUGAACUUCCGGAUGGGCAUCAUUACAGAAGACGCAGAGGAAGCGAUCCUGGACAUCAAGCGGAUCCGCGUCAGCUACCUGAGGACCUGGUUCAUUCCAGACGUCAUAGCAGCUUUCCCAAUCGGCUACAUACUUUUGUUUGCGGAUUUGCACUACCAAAAUGAGGAUAACCCCUCCAAGACCAACAAGAUGAUGAGGAUCCUGAUGUUCGUGCGGAUCCUCAGCCUCAUCAGGCUGGCUCGAGUGUCCAGACUGGUCCGGUUCUUCAACGAAGUGGAGAAAGUGUCAAACGCCAACCUGGAGGUGGUGCGCCUGUUCUUCCGCAUCUUGUCCCUCUUCAUGAUGAUUUUCCUGCUGUGCCACUGGAACGGCUGCAUACAGUAUUUCGUCCCCAUGCUGGAGGAGUUUCCCUCCGACUGCUGGGUCCGCAAAGAGAACCUGAUGAAUGCCACGGUAAUUGUGAAAUACUCUUGGGGAGUUUUCCGAGCGCUUUCCCAGAUGAUCGCCCUCUCGUACGGCUCCAUGGAUGCUCCAACAAAUUACGUGGAAAUGUGGAUCGUCAUGGUCAGCAUGGUGUCCGGGUGCCUGAUGUACACCGUCCUGGUGGCCAACGCUACAGCCAUGAUCGUCAACGUUGACCCGGCAGCCAAAGAGUACAAGAGCAAGAUGAGCCGGUUGGAACACUACAUGGCCUUCAUGAAGCUCCCGCCGGAGCUGCAGCUUCGCAUCAACAACUACUACCAGGCCCGUUACGGAGGGAAGUGGUUCGAUGAGAAGGAGGUCAUGGACACCGUGUCGUCUGCACUCAAAGAGCAAAUCGUCACGGUGAUGUGCAGCCGGCUGCUCAGAAACGUGCCAAUGUUUCAGAACCGGGACGAAAACUUCAUCAACGUGAUCCUCCUCAAGCUGGAGUACGAGGUCUUCCAGGAGGGGGACGUCAUCGUCCGGCAGAACGUCCCCGGAGACCGCAUGUUCUUCAUCGACCACGGGCAGGUCCUGGUGGAGGUGGACUCCUACGAGAGGGAGCUGUGUGACGGAGACUUUUUCGGAGAGACGUGCGUGCUGACCAAAGGCAAACAUCUGGCCACAGUGAAAGCGCUGACAGACUGCCAGUGCUUUUCUCUGUCCUGGAACGACUUUCAGGACGCGCUGCAGGGCUUCCCGGACGUCAAGAAGGACUUAGAGAAAAUGGUCCAGGUCAACUCGGACGGCGGACUUGUGUAAGACGCA